AUGUUGGGUCAGUAUGGACCGGAAAGGUUUUGCUGCAAUAAAACUACCAUACGUGAGGUUAGCAACCGGUUUAAUGUGUCAUAUUCUUGUGCCCAUAACGUGAUAAACAAUGUUGUGUCGUUUCUGAUUGGACUUUCACCAGACAUCAUAAAAUUCCCCCAAAGUGCUACUGAAAAAGAGAUUAUAUCAAAUGAGUUUGCGGCAAUCUCUGGUUUUCCUAACGUAUUAGGCUGCAUUGACGGAACCUACAUUUCGAUAAGGGCGCCGAAAAAAAAAAUUCGUUCAACAUAUAUAAAUAGGCAUGACACAAUUUCCGUGACUAUGCAGGGUAUAUGUGAUGCAAAUUUAAAAUUUUUAGAUGUUUUCAAUGGCGUGGAGAGUAAAGUGGACGACUCGCGUGUGUUGAAGUUAUCUUUCAUUGGUAAAGAACUUCCAAAGCUAUGUUUACCAAAAUAUCAUGUGUUAGGGGAUUCUGCAUAUCCGAUCCGAAAUUAUUUGUUAACGCCGUAUAGGGAUUACGGGAAUUUAACUGAGCAAGAAAAGAGAUACAAUUACAAAUUUAGUCAAACACGGGUCCGAAUUGAAAACGCCUUUGGAUUGUUAAAAUGUCGUUUCAGUCAACUUAUGCGAUUAUAUUUUCAUGAAGUUGAGACUACAGCGAAAUUUAUACUAGCAUGCUGCGUACUUCAUAAUAUUUGCAUAGACAAACAAGAUUCUAUAGAGAAAAAAGAAUACUGCGUUGAUCCUGCUUCCGUUCAGGAACAACAUUUUCCUUUCGAACGCUGGCUACCAGGGCCUUCGGCUUAUUGCUAA